ACCGGUUAAUCCAUGCUUAAACCCAUGAUCUGCGCGUAUUCUCUCCUUGUUCGUUGAACUGAAAACAUCGUUAAUUAAAAUUCAAAGCGUUCAAAAUGUCUUUCGAUAACUGUAGCGACUGUGAUGAUUGCGGCCCCGGUUACGAAUUUUGUUCGCGGCGCAGCUCGUUUCCCGGUGUGUUACCUUUUGAUCCCUUGUCGAUUGAAAAUUUGAUUUUGUCGGUCGUUGAUAAAUUCGACUUCCGCGUGAUGAUGACCAACGAGCGAACAAGGGAUGCUAUACUGGUGACCGCGGGGUUCGCUUUGGCCGGAGGCUUAAUUGGAAAGAUGUGCGGGGGACGAAUGGGAGCGGCAGUUGGGGGAGCAGUUGGUGGUGCUUGCGGAAUCGGUGUCGUUGCAAUAUCUAUGCGGGAAGUGUGGAAAGAGAUUCGGCCGAAGUUCGCAGACGUUUUCGACCUAGUCUACGACUACCUGGCUGGCCUGGGGAUCAAGGACUACGCGAGUGCCGCCAUGUUUCUGGCCAAUACAAACCCGCAGACCACUGUAUUAGCCAAGAUGAUUUUGGAGAGUUCUUCGCAUAUAUUGGGAAAGCAGCUGGUGUCUAAUCUUGGUUCUCUUACAAGUGCUUAAUUUAUGAUAGCAUAAUAAUGGAGAAAAUAACAGACUUAGAAUAUUUUUUUGGUAGCAUACGUUGAUAAUGAAUUGAAUAAUAUUUAAAUUUAAUUUAUUUAUUUUAUUUGACUAAUAAUGACUAUAACUGACAUGACUAAAAUAUUGUUUGUGUUAAUUUGUAUCGUGUAGAACAUGUUUUUUGAAAUGAUUAAAUCAAAGGCUAUUAUUAUUAUA